UUCUUCCGCAGAGAAAUUCUUCAUCCUUCUGUGUUUUGAAGUUUCCAAGUUUCAACUUCCAACUACCAGUUUAAGAGGUAAUUUUUUAAUAUAUUAUUAAAAUAAGUAUUUAUCACUAAAUUUAUUGUUUGUUUCUAUGUAGUUUAUUUACAGCAAAUUUGAUUUUUUUUCUUCAUCAUACCGGAUGAUGAUGCGGACAUCGAAUGUUGUCUUUGAACUAUAAAUUUUAAUUAUACAGGUAAGAGAUUUCCAUCAGAAUAUUGCACAUUUUUCUGGGUUCCUUGUGCUACUCACGUAUUGGACUUGAUGUUGGAAGAUAUUGAAAAAUUCCCCUUUGUUAAAGAUGUGAUCGAAGAAGCAAGAAAAAUUAGCAAAUUUAUUUACAAUCAUGGUUGGGUUCUUGUUAGAUUUUGACAACAUUCAGCAGGACGCAAUCUAUUGCGCCCUGGCUUAACAAGGUUUUCAACGAAUUUUAUUGCAAUCAAAAGCAUCAUUGAUCAACGUAAUGCUAUCGAGAGCCUAUUUCUGGACAAGGAAUUUCUGAAAUUGGAUGAGGCAAAAACUAAACAAGCUAGACAAGUGAAGAAUAUUAUUCCAAAUGAGAUGUUCUGGACGACGUGUCAAAAUGCAUGCAUAAUGGUUGGUCCUUUAUUGAAAAUGAUUCGUUUCUUGGACUCAGACAAACCCACCAUGGGCUAUUUGUUCCAUGCACUUGCUACAUGUGUGGAAACUAUACAAAUGAGUUUGGGAUCAAAUCGAAAUGCUUCUAUCGUGGGUGUAAUAAAGAAACGAUGGAAAAGUCAGUUGAGUUCUCCUCUUCAUGUUGCAUCGUAUUUUCUCAUUCCUUAUUACAUCUUUAACCCAAGAACUAAUCUCAUCAAUAAUGAAAUCUCCGAGCCACAAAUUUGUCUUACUGGAGUUAUAUCAAAAAUGGCUAGUGGCCCGCAAGAACAAGCACAAUGCAUGCUAGAGGCAGGAAGAAUGCGAAUGAUGCAAGGUCAAUUUGCAUCACCAUCAACACGUAUUGCAGCUCAACAUGGUGAUCCUGUAAGUUGGUGGUUAUCUUAUGGUGCUGAGUAUCCAUCCCUCUAAAAGAUUGCAGUAAAGAUAUUAAGUCAAACAAAUAAAUCGUCUGGAUCAGAGAGGAAUUGGAGUGUGUUCGAAAUAAUCCACACCAAACUACGCAAUCGUUUAAUUUCAUCGAGAUUAAAUGAUAUGGUGUAUCUCCAAUACAAUUUGAAGUUGGAGCAACAAAGAAUUAAAGGUAAAGCAAGGAGACAUAACAUUGAUGUUCACGACGUUCAUAGUCUACCGAGGGAUGACAAUAUGCUUGACUGGAUAGCGGGGGAUGAUGAAACACCGGUUUUACCUCGAGAAGAACAGUGGUUAAAUAUGCUGGAAGAGGAGGUCGUUAAUAAUCCAGAGCAUGUCCCUCUACCAUACAACUAGCAUGAUCCUGAGGUUCAAAUCCCAUACAAAAGGUUACCGAUGAGUGACUUUGUUUAUGACUUUGGUAAUCUUUCAUUUGGAGACAAUGCACAAUGUUACGAGAAUGUGAAUCCAACAUAUGAUUCUCGUUACACUUCCGAUCGCUCUGACCAUGGUGUUCAACAUAUGAACGAAGGAUAUAAUUCUAAUAUUGAUAAUAAUAAUGAAGUAAGUAACAAUAAUGAUGAUACUGAAGGAGGUUAUGAUAACGAUAAUGAUGGUUAUUAUGAUGAUGAUACUUAUGCAAACGAGAUAGCCAGUACUCCGACAACGAUGACUAUGAUGUGGAAAUAAACCGUCGAGAAAAUAAAGAAUACUUGAAAAAAGGUGG